GGCGAGGGGGAAGAGCUGUUCUCGCUCCUCGGGAGGGCGCCCUGUCAGCCGGUGCGUGUGGGCUGCCCCGAGUCCGGGGAGGGAGAAGAGCAGUCAACGGCUCUUUAGAGGGCCUCAGAUGGGUCCGCUAACAGAGUGAACGUUUUGCCUCUGCUGGAGGGUGAAAGUCGCUGUCUGGAUAAUCAGGAAGAGAUCGAUAGGACUCCAGUGACCUUUGGUUCACCGCAUAUUCCAUCAUAAAACUGAUGGAACUUCCUGGACAGAAGAGGCUUUUCCUGAGGCUACCAAAAUACAUGUUAAGGGCUCCUGUAAAUACAAUGAAAGUUCCAAUUUUGAUCUGCGUGCGUCUGGACUUUCCAAAAAGUAUGUCAGCUGCUCUGCAGUUUUCUGGAAGCUUACACUGACUUUCCUGAAGAAAGGAAGGUUCAUGUGUUAAGGAGAAUCUGAGAGAUUUUGUCAGGUGGUCAUUGUGGAGUUAUUCUGAUGCUACUUCAAGGCCCGCUGUGUGCUGAUAAGGUGCCUUUGCUAUAAGGAGGACUUGCAGAGAAAUGCAAGUACAGUAUACAUGGUAUGCUGGCUGAAGGUGAAAGCAUGGCAAGUACAUCACUGUGUGCUGCUAAUACAUCAGUGUCUCAGAAUCUUCAGAAAGCGUCUGGUUUUGUAGAAAAUAAAGCCACACAGUGCUCUUUCUCCAUUGAAAGUAUUUUGGGAUUGGAGCAGAAAAAAGAGGUCAUUCCACCUGUGAAAACUCAUCGACCAUGGAUGGAUACAUGCACCAACUUGGUUUUACAUGAAGGCAGUAAUCCUCAUCUGCAAAUCCCUGUCGCUUCCUGUGAAAACUCGUUAUUUCAUACUAACAGUAAUACAAUACAAGAGGAAAAAGUUUUGAAAUGUGAAAAAUAUUUUUCCGUCACUGAGAGGCUGUCUUUCAAACGAGAAUUGAGCUGGUACAGGGGUAGAAGACCAAGAACUGCUUUCACUAGAAACCAGAUUGAAGUUUUGGAAAAUGUUUUCAAAAUGAACUCCUACCCUGGCAUUGACAUUAGAGAAGAACUAGCUCGCAAAUUAGAUUUAGAUGAAGACAGGAUUCAGAUCUGGUUCCAGAAUCGUCGUGCAAAGCUGAAAAGAUCACACCGAGAAUCUCAGUUUCUAAUGGUGAAAAAUAAUUUCACCUCCAACCUACUAGACUAGGAAGAAGAAUGGUUUGCUGUUAAGCUACUAUGAUAGCACAUGAAGAAUUACUGAAGUUUCAUAACUCGAAUUAAGUAAUGAUGAUAUUAAUUUGAUGGUUUUAUCCCUAGAUUUGAAAGGUUAUCGUGAUUUUUCAUUCAAAUAAACUGUAAAUACGUGAAAUAUUAUUAUCUAUUUUUUGUGGAAAAAGUAAACUUUUCCCGUCUAUUUUAAUAAAUAUUUUCAGAAAAGUUUGCAUAUUUUUGCAGUGAAAGAAACAGAAAACCUAAUCAGUGCACAAUACUUUCAGCUACAAUGUAUUACUACAGCUUAACUGAAGACAACAGCACUUCAUAGUUUUAAGAAAAUUCAAGUCUAAAAUAUGCAAUAUGCAAGAGAUUGUGUUACAUUGGAAUUUAAAUCGCUUAAUGAAUGUACUAUAAUUUUCUGAAAAUUGUUCUUUAUGUAAACUGUCUCAUCUCAAACAGGACUAGUAUUUAAGUGACCAUUUUUAGUUCCAGCAAUUACUUAGUUAAGGGGGUUAAAACUAAUCUUUUUUUACAGUGUAUUUUAAAUCAUUUAUAUUUAGGAUAAUAUUUGCCUAUGUAAUAUCUAAAUUGGAGUAUCUCCUGUUUUGUCAGUGUAAAGGGUCCAGUUAUAGAAGUAGCCAUCAAUAUCUUUUAAUGAGAGAAAAAGAGAAAUAUCCUCUAAUGAGAGGCAGGAUCAAAUUGUUUGGGACCAGACCAGAUAUCCAGAUCACUUCCAUUAGUUUUAUCAUGUUGAAUAUUUUUAUCACAGUGUGUACGAAAGUCAAGUAUCUUAAUAAUUGAUAGUCAACCUGCAGUCAAUAUGCAUAAGGACAGCCUUAUACAAGAAGACAAUCCUUUGUG